GGAGCGCAUCGUCCACUUGGAGCUGCGACGUCGGGUUUCCUGGAGGACCUGGGUGUGUUUGUGUGAAGCGUGCAGCCAUGUCGGACGCAGUGACCAGUUUCCUGAAGGACUUCUUGGCCGGUGGCGUGGCCGCAGCCAUCUCCAAGACGGCCGUGGCACCCAUUGAGAGAGUCAAACUCUUACUGCAGGUCCAGCAUGCCAGUAAGCAGAUCACAGCCGAGAUGCAGUACAAGGGCAUCAUGGACUGUGUGGUGCGGAUCCCAAAGGAACAAGGCUUUCUGUCCUUCUGGAGGGGCAACCUGGCCAAUGUCAUCCGAUACUUCCCCACCCAAGCACUCAACUUUGCCUUCAAAGACAAGUACAAGAAGAUCUUCCUGGGUGGCGUGGACCAGAAGACGCAGUUCUGGCGCUACUUCGCCGGCAACCUUGCGUCGGGCGGCGCGGCCGGCGCCACUUCGCUUUGCUUCGUCUACCCCCUGGACUUUGCCAGGACGCGAUUGGCCGCUGACAUCGGCAAGGGCACGGCUGAAAGGGAGUUCACUGGCUUGGGGAACUGUCUCACUAAGAUCUUCAAGACGGACGGCCUUAAGGGGCUCUACCAGGGCUUCAAUGUGUCCGUGCAGGGCAUCAUCAUCUACAGGGCUGCAUACUUCGGCUGCUUUGACACGGCUAAAGGAAUGCUUCCCGAUCCAAAGAACACACACAUCGUGGUCAGCUGGAUGAUCGCUCAGACGGUGACGGCCUCGGCCGGCCUGGUGUCAUACCCCUUCGACACCGUUAGACGUCGCAUGAUGAUGCAGUCUGGUCGCAAAGGAGCUGAGAUCAUGUACAAGGGCACAAUGGAUUGUUGGAGGAAGAUCCUCAAGGAUGAAGGUCCCAAAGCUUUCUUCAAGGGUGCUUGGUCCAACGUGAUCAGGGGCAUGGGUGGAGCUUUCGUAUUAGUAUUGUACGAUGAGAUCAAAAAGUACACAUAGGCUACCGCCUGUCGCCAUGGAAAUCCUCCAGGAUGCUCGCUUGUCUUAAUUUUGCUCUUUACAUGUGUGGCAGCCCCGUAAAGAUUCUAUACAUACUCCGCAGCCGUGACAUUUGAUACAGCUGCACAAUAAUGCAAGACAUAGCACGCGAUUGGAUUGUGCAGGUGUACCUAAUAAAGUGGCCAAGGAGUGCCACAUUAAGGCCAACUGUAACAAGCAACUGUUCUAAUAAAGAUAGUUUCUCACCAUUUGUUGCGAUGACAAC